UUUCAUUGUUUAUGCUAGGAGUCGUGGAUACCCCAGACAGUGAGAGCUGUACUAGUAGGCAGCAGCAGCAGCAGCAGCAGCAGCAGCUGAAUGAAGUAGAAGAGAGGAAGUGGCGGUUAAUGCAGCUCCACACCUUUCCGGUGUAGCAGCACUGCGACCAGCUCGCCUUAAAGGAGAAAGACGAGAGCUGGGUGUAUUAAUCGAGACAGGAGGGGGAGAUAGGAGGGGGAUAAGAAGUGGAGUUCCAUGAGUGGCUACAUGUGUUACUGAGUCACCGAGGAUUUUGUUUCGAAGACGUCCCUUACAGCACGUUGAAGUUACCCGGCGCGACGCUUGAUGGACUAGCCGCAGAAAGCUGCUUUUCUCCUCCGGCAGCGGUGAAGAGAACAAGGGCGCACCCGAUGAGGAGGACCGGACACCAGAAGGAACUCACAAGUACCGCGGCUUUUUCGGGGCCUUAUAUACACACCGUGUCUGCCCUCUACAGUUUUUAAUAGCCACGGCCUGUCUCUGUCACGCAGCUUCAUGUUGAUUUGGGCAACAAAAUGAACGUCCUGCAACAGCUGCUGCCAAGUUCUUAGCUAGUCUAACCGUGCCAUGUUGUGUAUAGGCCCUGAAAACAUUGUGAUACUCUGAACAUAAAUGUCCCAUCACUUCAUAGGACGCACAGACUUUCAUGUAAAACGCCUUUAGGUACUGUGUGUUAGGUUUUAACAUGAGUGUGCAUUUUUGACUUUUCGCCCCACAUAUGCUCUUCACUGAGUCAUGUUUUCACAAGUUAGCCCAUAAACGGAAGCUAUAGUCAAAGUGAAUAAUCAUCUGCACGGUAUCGGACAUUUUUCUCGUUAGGAACAAAGUAUUUAUGCACAAUAGUUCAAAAUGGGGAAAGUGCUGUCUAAAAUAUUUGGCAACAAGGAGAUGAGAAUAUUAAUGCUUGGACUUGAUGCUGCUGGAAAGACAACAAUCCUUUACAAACUGAAACUCGGACAGUCUGUCACCACAAUCCCCACAGUCGGCUUCAACGUGGAGACUGUCACCUACAAAAAUGUCAAGUUCAACGUCUGGGAUGUUGGAGGGCAAGAUAAGAUUCGUCCUCUGUGGCGACACUACUACACAGGCACCCAAGGGUUAAUUUUCGUGGUGGAUUGCGCGGACAGGGAUCGCAUCGACGAGGCUAGGCAGGAACUCCACCGCAUCAUUAAUGACCGGGAGAUGAGGGAUGCCAUCAUCUUGAUUUUCGCCAAUAAGCAAGACCUUCCUGAUGCCAUGAAGCCACACGAAAUCCAAGAGAAGCUCGGAUUGACCCGCAUCAGAGAUAGGAAUUGGUAUGUUCAGCCCUCCUGUGCGACCACAGGUGAUGGACUGUAUGAGGGCUUGACAUGGCUAACCUCAAAUUACAAAUCUUAAUGAUUGAGUGCUGACUGUUUUAGGUCAAAACUAUAAUAACGUUGCAAGUAACAAAUAACUUCUCAAAAUGAGUAUGGUUAAGAAAAAAUUGAUUAUCUCCCUUUUUAUUUUAAUACUACGUUUACCCAUUGACUAAUUUAUCUUUAACUGGGGUCGCUGGCUUAAAUAUGCCUGUUCUCUGUAGCAGGCCUAUAUCACAUUCAUUGUCUUGGGGCUUGCUUGAUGAAUAUUAAAUGAAUUGGUCCUAAUGUUAAAGCCACAGAGAUCACCACCUUUGCCUAUUCUUUUCCCUGUUUUGUAUGAUUUUUCUAAUGAAGCUGAAGUUUUUAUCUUCAUUCUUGGAUUAAAACUUGUUUCAGGGUUCUUCAGUCUCUGGUGCAUUGAACUUGGAUCUUUCUUUUUUUUUUUUUCUUUCUUCUGAGGUGAGAUCUUUAAAGUCAUGUAGCAUACUAGAAGGACUUUGACAUUUGUUUUAACACAGUACUGUGAUAAAGUAUUUCUUCUCAAUGGUAUUGACUGCUGCAAGGGGGAGGGCGGUGAGGAAAAAAAUCACAACCGCUUAUAUUUCAUAGUCAUGUCUUGACAUCAGAGAAACCAAAUUACUACAGACAUGUUUUGUUACACCUCCCAGUCCCUUUAUGUGGGUCUUGAUUGUGCUGAAUAUUCAACAAAUAGGCCUCCAGUAACUCUUAAACAUGCUUGUUGGGAUGCAUUUUUGAUUUUGGGUAACACAUAGUCAGUUGACUCAAUCUUUCCAAAGGAAUGUCAUUCAGCUCUGAGCUCUCUCAAUCUGAUACCGCAGUUGAUUAGUCUCGGUCUUGGGACAUUAUAUGAUAGCCUAUAUCUGUAGCAUGAGUACGAAAGUACAGUAACCCUACAUCAGAAUCCAUCUGUUGUGCAGUCAGAGGGAGCCGUUUACUGGUGAAAUGUUGAAGACACCCUGUGGUGCAGCUCUUACUCUUAUUUUGACUGGGGAAACCAUGUACAGAGCAAUGUCAUUGUAAUGUCUUAUUAAAAAAGUGAUUUUAAAUCUG